AUGCAACCAAACGGACAUGUUGACUACGUGGUCAACAACUUGGGCAACGACUUCUGUGGACCUGACUCAAUGUUCAAUGUUAUUCAUGCCAAAGACAAUUUAGUGCAAGAUCAACUGGUCAAUUACUCUUUUACAUUUGCUAGAGUUGUCAGUAGUUUGAUGUACAACAAGAUUUAUGUACUUGGUACUAAUAGUACUGAACGUCAGGCUUUGAAUGAUGCUUUGUUAUCAGUUGGAGUUGUACUGAAUGGCAUGGAAAUUGAUGUUAAAGUAAUUUUGAUGUCAAGUGCUAGAAAGUACUGUAAUAACGUUGAUAAAUUGAAGGCUUUGGAGGUUGAGAACGGGCAGUUUAAUGAAAUGAUGACAUAUAACAAUGAGCAGUUUAAUGAGAUGACUUCUUAUGAUAAUGGUCAGUUCAAUGAAAUGGCUACAUACGAUAACAACCAAUUUAAUAAAAUGACAUCUUACGACAAUGGUCAGUUCAACGAGAUGAGUUCGUUUGACAAUGGACAGUUCAACGAAAUGUUAUCUUACAGUAACGAGCAAUUCAAUGAAAUGAUGACUUAUGACAACUCCCAGUUCAACCAGCUACAACCUAACCAAGCGGUACGAGCUCAUUUAUAA